UAAGAAUGGCUCGUUUCAUAAUGAAACAGGCGACUUGAGGUGUAACUAGCCAGAUUUCGUCGAACUUUUUCUCUCUCUCGCAUGCUUUUAAGACUUUGGAUUGUUGCAGAUAAAAGGAUCGACAAGGCUGCUCGUUCAGUUCUUCACCCCACAAGCUUUUACAAAUGAACGGAGGGCUCUUUUUUCAAAAAACGCUAAUCGUUUGUAAUCCUUUUAAUGUCUGUCACGUUGCUCUGUCAAUACACACAAGUGAGCCUUCGUGCGUGCGUGCGUGCGUGCGUGCCUGCCUGCAGCAUCCCGAGCGAGCCCGAAGAGUGAUGGAGCUGCCGCUCGGCGCGCGCGCGCUCGCGCUUUCACUGCGCCGCGGUUGCAUUGCGCUCAAAUUGAGGCUGUCCUUAUUCGACAUUAUAGGCUGAUGACUGUGAUGGCGCAGGUUGGCAUUUGCACUCAGUCCCUGAGUUGGCUAUUUCUCUCAGGUAAAGAGAUGUUUCAAGUCAAAGGGGGUGGCUGGGAGGGGUCGACGGGCGAGGAGGGUGUGAGGAGGGGUGUCUGCUUUUGUUCCACAGAAAAAGGGGGCUUGUUCUUCGCAGAGCAGCUUGACAUUUUAACCGGCGAGGAGCGCCAAGUGAGACGCUUGACAGCGGAGCGGAGCGGAGCGGAGCGAUGUGUGUGCGUGCGUGCGUUCGUGCGCGUGUGUAUGGGUUAGGGUUGGAAGCAGUCAGUGCGGAGGUGCACCGUCCAGUGUGAAAUUCUACCAGAGCCGAGUGGGUCAGAGUUCUGCAACCUCUCCCAAACCAGUGACGGGACCGCACCGGCGGGCGCACGCAGGAUCACUCACAACACCUGAACGCCGCGCCGCGCCGCACGGACCACGAGGCGUGCAGGCGGGCGGAAGAAAAAAGUAAAGUCUGAUGAUACGGACGAAUUUCUAACACUAUCGGACUUCAAGGAAAGAAAGAAAAAAAAGAAAGAAAGAACGAAAAAUGAAAGUAGAUUAACUAAACCAUGCAGCGCCUUUUCCAACAAUUCAACUCUCUGCCCGGCUUCUGCAAGUGCACUUAAGAGUUUUGCCAGCCAGCCAGCCAGCCAGCCAGCAUGAUCUAUUAGGACCAGUUGAAAUCCACUUGAAUAAGUGUGCUCAGUGGCCAACAACGGACUAUGUCCGUUUGACACGAAUAUGCUCAAAACCAAAUUGGCUGUGCGUCCGUGAGCGCAGCGCAGCGCAGCGCAGCGCAGCACGCACCUCUGUGACUUUUGUGGAUUUCUAUCAAAUCACUUGGAGCUUGAGGGAUCUAUUUCCCGCACGCAAGAACGUCUGGACUGACAAGUCUUUCAAUUCCUGAAAGUGCUUUUCCCCUCCAUCCAAUAUGCGACCUACAUCGAGAUGUAGAUUCGUGUUUAUACACAUAUUCGCAUUCUUCUUCUAUGCUCAGGUAACCAAUCAGUCCCCGCCUAAUUUCACGCAGCAUGUAAGCGAGCAGAGCAAAGUGACAGACCGCGUGAGCCGCAGGUUGAUCCGGAUCUACCAGCUGUACAGUCGGACCAGCGGCAAGCAUGUGCAGGUCCUGCCCAACAAGAAGAUCAACGCCAUGGCUGAUGAUGGAGAUGUGCACGCCAAACUCGUCGUGGAGACGGAUACGUUUGGAAGCCGCGUGCGUAUCAAGGGAGCCCAGAGCGGCCUCUACAUUUGCAUGAACAAGAGGGGGAAGCUCAUUGGCAAGAAAAACGGACAAGGGCGCGACUGCAUCUUCACCGAGAUUGUGUUGGAGAACAACUACACGGCGCUGAGGAACGCCCGCUACGAGGGAUGGUACAUGGCCUUCACCCGUCGAGGACGGCCGCGAAAAGGCUCACGGACGCGCCAGCACCAGCGUGAGGUCCAUUUUAUGAAGAGACUGCCCAGGGGUCAGCAGCCCGCGCACCCCGGCCACCGGCGACCCUUUGACUUUGUUCACUACCCCUUCAACCAAAGGACUAAACGUGCGCGCUACUCCGCAGAGCGCUGAGCAAUCCAAAAAGUGCUGAGGCAGGCAGAAGGGAAACAAACUGCCAGGCUGAGGCAGGCUGAGCCAGGCUGAGGCAGGCUGAGCCAGGCUGAGGCAGGCUGAGCCAGGCUGAGGCAGGCUGAGCCAGGCUGAGGCAGGCUGAGGCAGGCUGAGGCAGGCUGAGCCAGGCUGAGGCAGGCUGAGCCAGGCUGCUACAUUUAUCAUCACUAGUUGAUUCAGUGCUCUCUUCUGCUAUGUGUAGUGGAUGUAUUCUUUUUUUUGGGGGGGGGGGGGGACUGUAAAUAGACAAGAACUCUAUUUUUGUACAUCAGAUUUUUAAUUCCUGACUAUAAAAUCAAAAAUAGUGAGUUAUUUUUUAGAAGCACAGAACUUAUUGAAUUAUUAUUGACCAGUUAGUAGAGCCUUGUUGUUUUUUCAAUAUCUCUUUUGAUUGUGUCCCUUGAACUGUAACUUGAACAGAUUGAUCGCAGUUCACUGGCCAAUGACCGUGUUCAUUCGUUCAUUUAUGAGGGAAUAUGCGGCAAACACAGGAAGCUACGUUUGAAUAUCAGCGCUGAGUACUAUUAUGACAUUAAGGUGUAAAA